AUGUCUCGAGAUCGACCUACUGGUCAGCCGCAUAGGUCAUUUGGAUGGUACCUUCUGACCUCGACUAUCCUUUCACGAUGGCUGGUGUUGGGCGCGACUGCCCAUGUUGCAGCUUGGACCAAGGGGAUGUAUUGCAUAAACGGCACCACACCUGGCGUGGACGAUGACGAUACGAAUUCGGCUGUUCAACCAUUGUAUCAGUUACGCAAGAGCGACUGGUGGUUCCAUCAUGAGAACAAUUGUGAUAUGUUUCCUCCUGCGCCUGGUGAUUUUCUAGAACUGCCAGCCAAUGGUGAAUUCACGGUCGAGCUCGCCGUCAAUCGCGCUUUCACCACGUUAUCAUAUCAAGGCACUCGCGUUGGUGUCUACGGUGAUGGACAAGACCACCCUGGUCUCGGCGUAACGCUCGAUGGUAAAGUAGACGCUGAUUCGUGUAUCACCGAACCGAAUAUCCAUACGCAGAAUGAGACUAUGGCGGCAGGGACAAUCUUUGCUAUAUCCUAUGUCUCCGACUUGACUCAAGUCACAGAAGAUAAUCUUGUGGUGUUCACCGUUUUGUAUCAUACUCCAUGGCGCAGACUUGCUACAUACAAAUGGGGCUGGGUCGCAAAUGGUUGCGGUCAGCCAAACAUGUACAUGCUUCCAUACCGCUGUCGUGUCACUGGGCAUACUGGGCCUGCCGCAGUUGCAUCUGCUGUGCCUCCAGUCUGGUGCGAAGAUGACCAAUCCAAAUGCGUCAAAGGCGCAAAGCAGAUGGUUUUUUGGAACCAGCUCGAGGGAAACAAUGUAGAAGUCUCAGGUUCUGACCUUUCAGGCCAACCUAAAUCUCCUACAUACAAUGCAAAAAUGGGAUUCUCAGAUGGGGCCCAGACCGACAUAUUCUUGAGCGCAGGUAGCGCCACAACGACCUAUGUCCAGCCUGCACCGAAGCCAACCUCAAGCUCAGCUGGAUCCACUCUCAAGAAGAUUGGCACUAAGCACAGCAUGAUGAUAUCAGCUUUCGUACUUUGGAACCUGCAUACUAUUAUAUGA